AUGACCGAGUCUCCGCAGUUGAAUGCCUCAUUGAUUAGGUUGAAACUUUUGGAUGCGCUUCGCAGCGGCGAUGACUCAAGGAUAGACGCCAUUAUCCGGGAGUUGAACUCGUCCAAGGCCAACAUCCACAACCAAGGGUUGUUGCAAUUGAAGGAAACAGUGUUGCAUUACGCCGUCCAGGUGGCCAGCUUGCACACGAUACAGUGGUUGGUCCAGCACGCCGACACGUAUGGCUUGGACAUCAAUUGCCAGGAUCACCAGGGCAACACCCCGUUGCAUCUCGCAGCCAUGGCAGGCAGACUGGACGUUGUUCGGUACCUCUUGUCGCUCCCACACAUAAACGACACCAUUGCCAACGUGGACAAGAAGCAGCCCGUGGAAGUCGCCAAGAACCUAAACAUCGCCCAGUUGAUGCAGUUUGAACGAGCAAAAUUUGUCGAAAAAGCUGCUUGCGACUUGAGAAGCUUUUUCAGCAAUCGAGACUUUGACAAGUUGGAGCAGUUGUUGGUGUUGAACCCUAGAGCUUCCGACUUGUUGGACAUCAACGGCGCCGACCCCGAGACUGGAAACACCGUUUUGCACGAGUUUAUACAAAAGGACGACGUUCCCAUGUGUGAGUGGAUAUUGAAGCAUGGAGGCGACCCUUUUAAAAGAGACAAGCGCGGCAAAUUGCCGAUCGACUUGGUCAACCCGAAAGACGAGCCCUUGAAGAAACUCAUCAAGGCGGUGUCAAAGGACCAGACUAUCAUGGACCCUGUGGCUGCAACUAAUGCCCCUGGCAAGACGGGGAAUGCCCCCACUUAUAAAGGAUACUUGAGAAAAUGGACCAACUUUGCCUCCGGCUAUAAACUCAGAUAUUUCGUUGUGGAUGAAAAUGGGAUCCUAUCAUACUACACCGAUCAAGACGACACCAACAACUCUUGUCGUGGUUCUUUGAAUCUUGGUUAUGCAACUUUGCAUUUGGACUCUUCGGAAAAGAUGAAGUUUGAGAUUUAUGGAAAGAAUGGGCUUAGAUGGCAUUUGAAAGCGAAUCAUCCUAUAGAGACAAAUAGGUGGGUAUGGACAUUGCAAAAUGCAAUUACAUAUGCCAAGGACAACAUCAAAAGGCGACGUCAACUUGCCAGUGGUGCUGGUGCUGGUGUUGGUAAUGCUAGUGGUGCCAAUGCUGGUGGUGUUGCACCUCCUACCUCCGCAAACAAAACCGCUUACGGCGACGAACCACACGAACAAGUUUCCACGGCGGAAAGUGAACCAGCCGAAAAGGCAAAACAUCAUCGUCUUAGAAUCCCAGGAAGGAAAAAACACAAGCAUAAGCGUGACAUUAGCCAAACCUCUGCUUCUGGCGACGAGAUUAGCAAUAGUAACUUGUCACGUUCAUCCACUGUCAAGAGCAAUGCAACUUCCUCCGAUGGUCCCAAAAUAGCAGCAUUAUCACCCGCAAAUGUCUACCCUGGUGCAUCGAAGCACACUGCCGAAGAGGAACAUGAAUACCUCGACACAGAUAAUGAAAACUUUGACUACGACGCCGAUGAAAUGGAAGUUGACGAUUACGACAGCGAGAACGAAGCGUCAAUCGACACCAAUCAUCUCAAUGACGAGAUUGCUGCAACCAAGAGGUCGUUGCAGAUUGAAAUCUCGUCUUUGUUGGAGUUGUUUAGUCAAGUUAUGACCAGUAACACAUUUGAGCCAAACUCAAAACAGGCCGAGGUGUGCAUUGUUGGCAACAAUACAAUCAAAGCAGUCAGCGACAUGUUAGGCAAGUACAAUGCCGGUAUUGAAGCUAGGGACGGCAAAUUGAAAAGAAACUUGGAUAGACAAUUGGAGGUGAACCAACUUUGGGAAAAAUCAAUUAGACAGUUGGAAAAUGAAAUCCAGACUAGAGAGGACAAGUUGGCUGUUUACAAAGGACAGAGGAAACAAUUGAAGAAGUACUUCUCGGGUGGAAAUAACGCUGCAGUCAGGUCUAGUGGAACCGUUUCUCCUCUUCCAACUACUAAAGUUGAUCAAGAUAACAUCACCAGUGCCCACACGGGCAGGGGAAUGAGUGAAGUCCCAGAAGAAACACAGGUGGACCAAGUGGAUAAGAAGUUGGAUGCAAUUCAAGGACAUUAUGCACAUUCUCAUCCUCAUCUUGGCAAUGAGGACGAGCAGAAUGCGGGUGCCGCUGCUGGUGCCGCUGCUGGUGCUGGUGCUGGUGCUGUGCCAGAAGAUGUAAUUGAGUUGUUGGGAGAUGAUUCAGAUGAUGAGUUUUUCGAUGCCGACGAAUUUGAGGAGACCCAAGCCCCCGAAUGGCCUUCCGAGCUAACUGGUGAAGAACAGCCUCCAGCACCAGCCAACGGGCCAGCAUCAGAGCCAGUUCCUGAGCCAGUUCCCGUUGACGAAAAAGAACAGCUACCAGCCAACGAGUCAGCGCCAGAGCCUGCUCCUGUCAAUAAAGAAGCAAAGACAGGAGGAUUAGAAAGCAGUGCCCAGGGAGCGCCAGCAGAGCAAGAGGUUAAAGAUGAGCCUUCCCACGUGCCCGAAGCCGCCGCGGGUGCAGCUGGUGGUGCCGGCACAGGUCACCAGAAUGUGCAAGAGCAAUCGGUGGCACCAGAUGAAGUUCCAGCUCAAGAAGAACCAACUCAAAAGCAAUUCCAACAAGACAGCGCUCCAGGAGACGAAGGGCUCAACCCGGCGCAACGAAAAGUCAAUCAAGAAUUACAACAGCAAGGUACAUUCUUGGGCUAUGAGAAACCACCACGGCUGAAGCUUUCCAUGGAUGAAGAUAAUAGACCAAAAGUUGGGUUAUGGGGAAUCUUGAAAUCAAUGAUUGGUAAGGAUAUGACACGUAUGACUUUACCGGUCUCUUUCAACGAGCCUACUUCACUAUUGCAGAGAUUGGCCGAGGACAUUGAGUACAAUGACUUGAUCAACACGGCGGCUCGAUACGAUGACUCUACGUUGAGAUUGAUCUACAUUGCCACGUUUGCAGCCACAGAAUAUUCCUCAACCAUUGAUAGAAUCGCAAAGCCAUUCAAUCCGUUGUUGGGAGAGACAUUUGAAUAUGCCAGAACCGACCAGAACUAUAGACUAUUUGUUGAACAAGUGAGUCACCACCCGCCUAUUAGUGCCUGUCAUGCCACCUCACCCAAAUGGGACUACUACGGUGAAAAUGCGGUUGAUUCAAAAUUCUCUGGUAGAUCAUUUGACUUUAAGCAUUUGGGCAAGAUGUUUUGUGUUGUGAGACCCGAUAACGGGGUCAAGGACCAGAGGGGCAACAUUGUGGCCGAGGAGUUGUACAGUUGGAAAAAAGUCAACACUGCCGUUGUCGGUAUAAUGAUUGGUAAUCCUACUGUGGACAAUUACGGUAAGAUGAUUGUUACAAACCACACCACCGGUGAUACAAUCACCGUUGACAUGAAGCAAAGAGGAUGGAGAGCAUCAUCAGCAUAUCAAUUAUCGGGCCAAGCUUUGGACAGAAACGGCGUUCCACAGUGGGCAAUGGGCGGCCAUUGGAACUCGAGGAUCUACGCCAAGAAGGUCACAGGUGAGCAGCAAUCUGGAACUGCCAAUAGGAAAAUGUCCAUCUUGGAGGAUCCAGACAAGACAGCACCCAAAUCGUCUGACCCCUUCUCGGGUUCCAAGUUUUUGGUUUGGCAAGUUGCACCUAGACCCAAGGUGCCAUUCAACUUGACUGCGUUUGCUGUCACGCUCAAUGGCCUCGAUGAAAACUUGGACAAAUGGGUUGCUCCCACUGAUACUAGAUUGAGGCCCGAUCAAAGAGAUAUGGAAGAAGGUAGAUAUGACCAGGCAGCUGAUGAAAAACAUAGACUUGAAGUUAAGCAAAGACAAGCUAGAAAAAGGAGAGAUGAACUGGGCGAAACUUAUAUACCCAAGUGGUUUAUUAAGCAGAAACAUCCUGUUACUGGUGAUAUGUAUUGGGAUUACAAUGGCAAGUAUUGGCCCGAUAGGAAAGCUCACCAAUGGCAAGGUUGUCCCGAUAUUUUUUGA